AUGUUCACUAUCUAAAAACCAGAUUACAUUUAAAUAUUUAAUGACUUAUUUUCCAAAAGUGAUACUUAUUUUAAAAUUAUAGAAUCAUCUGAUUUCCCUUCUUUUGAUGUUUUAUAAUAAUUUAAAUACUUAAAUGAAGUUGCUUAAAAACAGAAUGAACCUCCUUUAGUUAUUGAUCUAACUGUUAUCUAAUCUGGUUUUAAUUCUAAAAGUUAAUAAAGUAGUUCUGUUUUGGUUUAAGAUAAUUAUGAUACUUAAAAUGGAUUUAAUUCUUAAAAUGAUAACUCUAUUUCAGGCUGGAAUGGUAAUUCUUUGAUUAAUAAUAAAAAUAAAAUAGAAACUGCCUGGGGAUCAUAAAAUAAUAAUAAUAAUAAAGUAGAAUAGAAUUCUCUUUAAGGAGUAGGUUGGGGGUCAACUUCAACUAAUAAUGAUAAUAAUAAAGUAUAAACUCCAGUAUGGGGCUCCUAAAGCAAUUAAAACAAUAAUAAGUCUGCAGGAUGGGUAAUUUCUAACAAUAAUAAUAGUUCCUCUGGAGGAUGGGGAUCUUCAAAUAAUAAUCAAGGAAAUAAAAGCGAAAGCUUAGCCAAUAAUGCGACAUCUUCUUCAUGGGGAAACACUGAAAACAAGCAAGGAGAAGGAAGAACAGGGUGCAUGGGAAAUAACGAAAAAAAGCAAGAAACAUCUGGAGGAUGGGGAAACGUUGAAAGUAAAUAAGAAGGAGGAUGUGGUAGUUAAUAAAAAUAGGAAAGUUUAGGAUGGAGUAAUUAAACAGAAACUAAUAAUAAUAUAGGAUGGGGUUAAGAUAAUAAUAAUAAAAACAAAGAUAGUAAUAGUUCAUUCUUCUAUAAAUCAAGAAACUAAGGUAAUCAAGAAAAUAAUGAUCGUUAAGGAGGAGGAGAAAGAAAAAAAGGUUGCUUUAAAUGCGGAGAAGAAGGCCAUAUGUCCCGUGAUUGUUCAAAUGGUAAUUCAAGAGAGAAGAAGAAUAAUUCAUGCUUUAAUUGCGGUGAAAUAACCCAUAUGUCAAAAGAAUGUCCUAAUCCUAAAAAACCUAGAAGUAUUUAAUGUUAUAAAUGUUAACAAGAAGGUCAUAUGGCAAAAGAUUGCCCAAAUGCUUAGCAAUAUUAAGCUCGUGUAAUGAAAUGUUUUUUAUGUAAAAAAGAAGGCCAUAAAAGUAAUGAUUGUACAGAACCUCCAUUAUGUAUGAAAUGUAAAGAAUAAGGACAUUAAUCUAAAGACUGCUAAAAUCCAGACCAUAUGAAUAAACGAGUUUGCUUUAAUUGCGGAGAUGAAGGUCAUCCUACAAAAGGUUGUCCAUAAAAUUAAUAAAACAGUUUUAGAAACAAUAAUGAUACAAAUUCAACAUAUUAAAAACCUGGAGGAUUUUAAUAAAGAGAAAAGCCAAAAUGUUUUAAAUGUUAAAAAGAAGGACAUAGAGCAAUUGAUUGUACUGAACUUCCAUAUUGCUUUAAAUGCUUGCAAAAUAUACAUUCUAGUAAAGAAUGUGAUCAUCCAGAAAAUUCUAAAAAAAGAGUGUGCUUUAAUUGUGGUGAUGAAAAGCAUUGUUCAAAAGAUUGUCCUAAAGUAUAAUAAAGAAGAAAUAAUAACAAUAACAAUGGUAAUAAUGAUAACAAACAAGGGUUUAAUAAUUCUUCUUCAUAAAAUGCUUGGGGUGGUGGUUGUGAUAGUAAUACUGGAUGGGGAGAUUCGAAAAAUGUUGGUUCUAACACAGGAGGAUGGGGAGAUACUUCAGCAACUAAUAAUAACACUGGAUGGGGAAAUACUUCUACAGCCAAUAAUACAAUUAAUGUAGGAUAGGGAGAUAAUUAACAACAAAAAACUAACUCUGGAUGGGGUGAUUCUUCUCAAUAGAAAGAAUAAACUUAAAGCAAAGCAUCUAAUGAACAGGAAAACGAAACUAAAACAUCAAAUAGUUGGGGAAGCUUAAAUAAUAAUUCUUCAAAUUAAGCUUCUGGAGGAGGAUGGGGAAAUCAAACAAAUACUAAUAAUAGUACUAAUAAUACUGGUGGAUGGGGUUAAACUAAUAAAUCAGAAAAUGAUUAAGAGAGAAAUAAUGUUUCUAGUAAUAAUGGAGAAUGGGAAAAUAAUAAAAAUUAACAAGAUUAAUCGGUAAAUAAUGCGAAUUAAAGUGUUUGGGGUAACUAAAUCCAAUGGUGAGGCUUUCCAUGUUUUUUAAAUAAAUUAUUAUAUUAAAUUUGAGUUUUAUAUAAAUUUUGAUGCUGAAGACAUUAUAU